AUGGUUGCUCCUAAAAUCACCCUGUUCUUUGACAUUGGAAGCCCAUUCAGCUACAUUGCUUUCCACGUUCUCAAGAACUCACCUGUUUUUUUGAACUGCCAAAUUGACUACGUGCCCGUUCUUCUCCGGGAUCUAUUCCAGAGGUGCCAGAACCCACCUCCGAUCGCCGUGAGAAACAAGCUCCAAUGGAUAAACAAAGAGCGCCUGUAUUGGUCGCAUCGAUUCGGGGUGCCGAUGAGCGUGCCAAUCCCCGAAGGCUUUCCUGCUUCAACAGGGAAUCUCCAAGCAGCACUUGCAGGCGUUGCGGCGCAUACCCCUGAAAAUCUUGUCGCUAUUACGGAAAAACUCUUCACGAUCUUUUGGGGGGAAGGGAAGACCAAGAUCAUUGACCAGGAGGAAUUUCAGCCUGUCUUCCAGAGUGAAAUGGAGGAGAGUCUAUUGUCUGAUAUGUUCAAUGACCAGACGAAAGCAAUCUUGAACAGAAACACAGAAUCCGUUUUCAAAGCUGGGGCGUUUGGUCUUCCUUGGUUCGAGUGUAUUAAUCCCGAGGGGGAGGUGGAGGGAUUUUGGGGUAUCGAUCAUCUAGGACGAGUGGCAGACUUUCUGCGGCUGGACAGAAGCUUGGACAACUCCUUCAGGGUUUUGCUCUAG